CCUGCAUACACUUGUUUUUGUUCAUGCUGUUCUUGUCAACCAGUAUCUCAGCGGUCGUCUGCUUCUGCAACAUCGAAAAGCCAAAAUGAUGCGCAGGUUGUUUGCCGGCGCCGUCAGGCGCACUUCCUCUGCUCGCAGCUGUAGCCGCUCGCUCUUUCACUGUCAGCAAGCGCGUACGCUCACCUUCUACAACGCCGACGUUGCGGGGCUGACACAAGACCAGGCAGAACUUCGCGAUGCAGUUGCUCAGUUUUCAAAGGCAGAAAUUGAGCCCAGAGCGCAAGAGAUCGACCGUGAGAACCAGAGCCCCAUGGACCUCUGGACUAAAUUUGGAGAAAUGGGUCUGCUUGGCAUCACCGUGCCCGAAGAAUUUGGCGGUCUGGGCAAGGGUUAUUUGGAUCACACGAUUGUGAUGGAAGAAAUUUCGCGCGCUUCAGGAUCCGUUGCUCUUUCUUACGGUGCGCAUUCGAAUCUUUGCGUCAACCAGAUCAACAGGCAUGGCACCAAACAGCAAAAGGAAAAGUAUCUUCCAGAUCUCCUCUCGGGAAAAAAGGUUGGCGCUCUUGCAAUGAGCGAGCCAGGGAGCGGUAGCGACGUUGUUAGUAUGAGGACGACCGCUGCCAAGAAGGGCGACCGCUACAUCCUCAACGGUGGCAAAUUCUGGAUCACAAACGGACCGAUCGCGUCGACGUAUGUCAUUUACGCGAAAACUUCACCAGAGAAAGGGUCCAAGGGGAUUACAGCAUUCAUUGUUGAGCGCGACUCUCCAGGUUUUACAACCCAUCAAAAAUUGGACAAGGUCGGCAUGCGAGGCUCCGAUACCUGCGAACUGGUCUUUGAGAACGUAGAGGUACCAGAGGAGAACGUGCUUGGAAAGGUCGAUCGAGGAGCCGCAGUGCUCAUGUCUGGGCUCGACCUCGAGCGUCUGGUCCUCUCGGGUGGGCCUUUGGGGCUCAUGCAAGCUGCAUUUGAUUAUGCUACUGAUUACGUGCAUCAGCGCAAGCAAUUCGGGCAACGCGUCGGCGAGUUCCAGCUGAUGCAAGCGAAAAUUGCGGAUAUGUACACCAAGCUCGGCGCAUCUCGUUCCUACGUUUACGCAGUCGGCCGCGCGUGUGAUAAUGGCGCUAUCAGCAGGAGGGACUGCGCUGGUGCCAUUCUCUACUCAUCAGACCGUGCAGUCGAGGUGACCAUGGAUGCAAUGCAAUGUCUGGGAGGUAAUGGUUAUAUAAAUGAGUACCCAGUCGCGCGCAUGUUGCGAGACGCAAGGCUCUAUACCGUCGGCGCUGGUACGCAGGAGAUCAGAAGGAUGCUUAUCGGCCGAACGUUCAACGAAGAAUUGGCGGAUUGAACACGCAGGGUGCUUUGAUUAAAGGUUCAUUGUCGCUUGCGACGUAUGCUCACGGCUCCUGACCUCGUUGCCCCCAUCAAGCACCGGCGCAUUGGUGGAAUGCGGCGCGCGCCCAUGCCUUCUAGCAACGCACCGCUAUCAUUCCGAAACGUCGCAUUCAAAUAGCUAGGUUGAUGAAGGAGCCUAUUCUGGGCCAAACGCUACGAACGCCUCCUUUGGUAACCAGCCAUGACACUCACGGUUGUACUCUGAAAUGGGAUGCCGAUUCGCAUACACGCAUUCAUCGAGCGAGGCCCUGCGAGCCCUUCCAAGCCUUGAUGAUUGUUGUAUCCAGCGUGAUGCCCGAGGCACGAGGCCCGGGUACCGAGUACCGAGCUCCUGGGAUAUGUAGAGCGGGUGAGCGACAGGCGCCUGGCCUGGUCUGUCAACCAAUAAU